AUGUCAUCAAGUCGUGAAGAUUCCGUUUACUUGGCUAAACUCGCCGAACAGGCUGAGCGUUAUGAGGAGAUGGUGGAGAGUAUGAAGGCGGUGGCUUCUUCCGGACAGGAGUUGUCGGUGGAAGAGCGUAACUUGCUUUCCGUGGCUUAUAAGAACGUAAUUGGUGCGCGUCGUGCGUCGUGGAGAAUCGUUUCUUCCAUCGAGCAGAAAGAAGAGGCCAAGGAGAAGUCUGAGCACCAAGUGAAGCUCAUUCGCACCUACCGCUCCAAGAUCGAGUCGGAACUAACCAAGAUCUGCGACGACAUCUUGUCGGUAUUGGACACACAUUUGAUUCCUUCCGCCAGCACGGGAGAGUCCAAGGUGUUCUACUACAAGAUGAAGGGUGACUAUCAUCGGUAUCUCGCCGAGUUCUCUUCCGGCGACGUAAGAGAAUCUGCUACUGGUGCCUCGCUAGAUGCGUACAAGACUGCGUCCGACAUUGCCACGACCGAGUUGCCACCAACUCACCCAAUUCGUCUGGGUUUGGCUUUGAACUUUUCUGUCUUCUACUACGAGAUCCAAAAUUCUCCAGACAAAGCCUGUCAUUUGGCCAAGCAAGCCUUCGACGACGCCAUUGCCGAAUUGGACACGUUGUCAGAAGAGUCCUACAAAGACAGCACUUUGAUUAUGCAACUGUUGAGGGACAACCUGACGUUGUGGACUUCCGACAUGUCGGAAGCGGGUCAAGACGAGCAACAGCCAACUGAAGGGGCACAAGAAUGA